UUUGGGCGGCAGCCAGCUGACGAGGCGCGGCCCGCGGCGUGGCGGGGCGUGGCGGGCGGCGAGCGGUGCGCGCGGGCACAUAGCGGGGAGUUGUAGUCCGCGACUGCACGCCACUCGAGGCAGACCAGGAGGAGGACCAGAGGGGAACCGGAGGCGCGCGAGAGUCGAGCGAGUGCGACACUGGGCGAGCAGGGCGGCAGAUUUAGUUUCACUGCGCCGAGCAGGUGACGACACACCACGCAAGCAUACACACUAGACACAUAAGAUGUCGCAGAGGAAGAGAACACGGGCAGAGGCGGACGUCAAGGCGACAAGCACCGUACACAGCAACGGAAAGUCACAGGCAGCGCCGCCCACCCUCGCAUUGGCCGCUUGUACAGUACCGCCGUUCAGCGACGAGCCAGAGGCCAUCCUAAGGCGAGAGCAUGUCGACUAUACCAGAAAAAUUUCACUCCGCGAAGCCAAGGCGGGUCUUGCCCCCCGUCCGGUCAGGGUGUUCUCUGACGGCAUCUACGACCUAUUUCACCAGGGUCACUCCCGCCAGCUAAUGCAGGCCAAGAACCUCUUCCCUAACGUGUACCUCAUCGUCGGAGUGAGCGGAGACAAACAGACGCACAAGAAGAAGGGCCGUACCGUGAUGACCGAGGACGAGCGCUACGAGGCCGUGCGGCACUGCCGGUACGUGGACGAGGUGGUCAAGGACCCGCCCUGGGUGCUCACCGACGAGUUCCUCGAGAUGCACAAGAUCGACUUCGUCGCCCACGACGACAUCCCCUACCCCACCCCCGACGGCACGGACCUGUACCAAAAGCUCAAGGACCGAGGCAUGUUCGCGGCCACUGAGCGCACCGAGGGCGUGUCCACAUCCGACAUCGUUGCCAGGAUCGUCCGCGACUACGACAUGUACGUGCGCAGGAACCUCGCGCGAGGCUACAGCGCCAAGGAACUCAACCUAUCGUUCAUGAGGGAAAAGAGACUGCGACUGGCAAAUAAAAUGGACGAGCUAAAAACCAAGGGAAAGCGAGUCAUGGAAAACAUUGGUGAGAAACGAACCGAUAUUAUCCAAAAGUGGGAGGAAAAAUCAAGAGAUAUUAUUGACACAUUCCUGCACUUGUUUGGAGGGGAAGGCAGAUUAUCUCACAUCUGGAACGAAGGCAAAGGCCGGAUAAUGCAAGCCUUGUCCCCGCCGUCCAGCCCCGGCCGCCUGCGAUACGACACCAGUGAGGACGACGAGGACACCUCUUCCAACGGCUCGUCGUCGGCGCCCCCGCGCAAGACCAUGCGGCGGGAGGCGGCCGCCAGUCGGGCCGCGGCCUUUCACCUGGACGACUUCUCGGACGAAGAGAAAGACUGAUUGUUAAAAUAAUUAUACUAAUACAAUUAUUCGCUCAUAAUUUUGUGAUAUUAUAACCACUGAUUUGUUUUUAAGUACACUUUGUGAAUAAAUUUGUCGCCUCA